UAUUUAAUCUGAAAACCAGUUGCCAAAAAUGAAUCAGGUCUCCUAUCGAAACAGAGUCACGUGGAUUCCCCGUUGCUUUUAUUAUAAAUUCUUAACCUUCUCAACAAGGCGUAGGAAAGUAGCCAUAGCCAAUUCCCUUUCAAUUCCUCAUCUUUUCCUUCUUAUUACUAAGUUCUAGUUUGUGGGGCAAAGUUCUGUAAAUUUGCUUUGCUCACUAGUGAGAAAGAUGAGUGAUGAAUCUCAUAAUUUACACAUAUUCUUCUUCCCUUUCUUGGCUGAUGGCCAUAUAAUACCAACCAUUGACAUGGCCAAAUUAUUUGCUGCAAAAGGUGUCAAGGCCACCAUCAUCACCACUCCCCUCAACGCACCUUUCAUCUCCAAAGUCAUUGGAAAAUCCAAAACUGUUAGCAACGGAAUCCAUAUACAAAUACAAACAAUCAAGCUUCCCUGUGUAGAAGCUGGUUUACCUGAAGGAUGCGAGAAUACCGACUCAAUCCCUUCACCAGAUUUAGUUCCCACUUUCUUUGCGGCUACUAGAUUGCUACAAGAACCCCUUGAGCAACUAUUGCUUGAGCAACAUCCACACUGUGUUGUUGCUGAUACGUUCUUUCCUUGGGUAACUGAUUCUGCUGCCAAAUUCGGAAUUCCUAGGAUUGUGUUCCAUGGGACUAGUUUGUUCUCCUUGUGUGCUUCCGCAUCUAUGAGACUCUACGAGCCUUACAAGAAUGUUUCUUCUGAUUCAGAGUCCUUUGUCAUUCCUAAUCUUCCGGGUGAGAUUAAAAUGACAAGGUUGCAGCUGCCACCUUUUGAAAGGAAUCCUGAGAGCACAGGCUUCAUUAGAUUGUUUGAGGAAAUGACUGAAUCAGAUAUGAGGAGCUAUGGGGUGGUUGUUAACAGCUUCUACGAACUUGAGAAAGUUUAUGCAGAACAUUACAGGAAUGCACUUGGAAGAAAAGCAUGGCUUAUUGGUCCACUCUCUCUUUGCAACAGAGAUACUGAAGAAAAAGCACAUAGAGGAAAAGAGGCUUCUAUUGAUGCGCAUGAGUGCCUACAAUGGCUUGACAUGAAGGAACCCAGUUCAGUUGUUUACCUGUGCUUUGGAAGUCUGGCAAAAUUUCCCGAUUCUCAACUCAGAGACAUUGCUACGGGUCUUGAGGCUUCAGGUCAACAAUUCAUUUGGGUCGUGAGGAAAAGCAAAAAAGAUGGAGAAGAGAGAGAGGAAUGGCUACCUGAAGGAUUUGAGAAGAGAAUGGAAGGGAAGGGACUAAUUAUAAGAGGUUGGGCACCUCAAGUGUUAAUUCUUGACCAUGAAUCAAUUGGAGCGUUUGUGACUCAUUGUGGAUGGAAUUCAACAUUGGAAGGAGUGAGUGCUGGGGUACCCAUGGUCACUUGGCCUGUGGGUGCAGAGCAAUUUUACAAUGAGAAGUUGAUCACUGAGGUGCUUGAAAUUGGUGUACCUGUUGGAGCUAAAAAAUGGGUUAGAUUGGUGGGGGAUACUGUUAAAUGGGAGGCAGUGGAGAAGGCUGUGAAGAGGAUAAUGGAAGGGGAGGAAGCAGAGGAAAUGAGGAACAAAGCGAAAUUGCUAUCACAGCUAGCUAGGAAGGCCGUGGAAGAAGGAGGAUCAUCUAACUUAGAUUUGAAUGCUUUAAUUGAGGAGUUGGGCUCACUCAGCCACUGAUAUGCCCCACAACAAUACUAUGUUACGUGCAUUUCCUCCGGGGAUGUUGCUUUGUUAUCUGAAUUUCAAUGAUUUGAUCUCAAUUCAAGUGAAAAUUUUGUUGAGCAACUUGCACAAUGACAGUGCUGAAAAUCCAAUUUUCCAACCCAACACAUAAUGGCUUCACCCAAGGUGUGUCCGAAGGUAUGAGACAAAUCCUUUUCGGGGACAAUGACCAUAUU